AUGUCGAACUCAAACAAAGUCAAUGGGUACUUUUCCGAGUAUCAGCAGUCGACCACGACUGGGAUCGAUUGGUCCAGCUAUACGCAAGCCUACGCUCCAAUCGACGAGUAUAUGUCCAAAUAUAGGCAAGGCUACAUCGGCUAUGCUGCUGCUGCUGCCUACGUCCAAGAUGCCUGUCGUUCAGCUCUGAGCUCCAGCGGAAUCCUCGCAAGCGUCUCAUCGCGGGCCAAGGAUGCCGAAAGGCUCAAGACUAAGUUGCUGAACAUGCACAAUGAAAAGAGAUUUGACAAGGCCAACGAUAUUGAGGAUAGGAUCGUCGAUAUCAUUGGCGUCAGGGUUUUAUUGUACUUUCCGAGCCAAGUGGAGGAGGUGAUCGCAAAGUUCGAAUCACUUUUCCCAGACGCAAUUUUGGACAGAAAGGAGCUCAACGAUACAAAGAGCACCGAGGGCAAUUCUAUGACAGCCCCGGUCAUUCUGGAAAAGCUCGGCAAAGACGACACGAUGAAGAAGCUCGGUUCAGGUCCAGUGGCGGUGACUGACACGGACAAUGGUUACAUCCAUCAAAACCGAUACGGGGGUUACCGUGCGGUGCACAUUCGAUUCACGAUGCCGACAUUGGAUUUGGGCGCCGAGAUGAGAUCCAUGUUUACCGGGCGUUUGAAGGUCGAGGUCCAGAUUCAGACUUUGCUCAUGCAUUCAUGGUCCGAGGUCAGCCACGAUCUCAUCUACAAAGAGCUGAGCGGAAAACCCUCGGUCCAGGAGUACCAGCUGCUGGAUUGUCUCAACGGAGUCGGAAAGCUUGGUGAAAAUGUUAUCCUGCAACUCCGAAGCACCAUGGAUAUUCGCCUCAAGAAAGGCUCGAGUGGCUUCAAAUCAUCAUUCAUACUCGCACAGUACAUCCGCGAAAACGUGCAAGGAGGGUUUGGCACACCAGUAAUGGGAGACGUGGAUGACUUGUUGGACUUCUUGAACCUUGCGCAGCAAAAUGACCCCAAAAGGUUGUUGGCCGCGAUCGAAAAGGCGAAGGAACGGAUCGUACAAAUUUCCCCCCCAACUGGUAUCAGCCAAAUUCCCUUAGUUGACAUCAUCUUGAAUCAAAUGGUCGAGAAGAUCACCUUCACCCCAGAAACACCCUUCCUGCUCAAAGCUCAGAAUGAUCAACUCAGCAAAGCCACAUUAAACAACAAGAACGAGAUUCUCGCCACCAUUUUCGAUCUCACGUGCCGGCCAAUCCUGCAAUCCGUCCCAGAAAAGAUUCUCGCCACCAAUUUGCAGUUUCCAUUGGCUUUCCGGAAACUACAAGAGCUUAAAUUGUACAAUGACAACAAGCCUGCUAUGCCGAGGACAGCCUUUCCGGUGCAUCGAAAAGAGCUAGGAGUAUCAGAUGUCAAGACAGCGUUAGGCGAUCUGGUAAAAUACUUUCAGAAGCGUAUGGAUAAUGCGAUAGUGCUGCAGUAUCUACGCCAUGCGCAAAUCAGGGCGUGGAAGCAGUUUGAAGGCAGAGACUUUUCAAAGGACUUUGUCUAA